AAAUGAUGGAUCCAAAUAACGAACACACACACACACACAAUCACUCCAAUAAUUCUCCAAUCCCUUUGCAGUCCAUCUCCUGACCCUCCAAUCCAAACAGCUUCUAAUACAAAACCCUCCAUCAAAACAGGGGUUUUGUCCCCCAAAUUCCAAAUUUCAAAUUCCACCCUAAAGCGGGAAGUCAAGAACAAAGGCAAGGGAAAACCUUCUACUCCAAUCCCAUUCUAGUCUACCAAUACCAGAGACCAUCAAUGGCGGAUGGAAAAAAGAAGCAGGCAAUGAGUCUCAAUCAGCUACACAAUCGGUUUCUUCAUGAUCUCUCCGCUUCUCACUCUAAGCCCAAACCGGGCGCAGUGGAAGAUAAUACGCAGUGGAAGGUGAAGGCAGUUGAAUCUACUGAAGGAAAUGAUGAUGUUCCCCGGUUUGAUUUCGAUACCACUUCUCCUCCUCCUCUUCAAGAAGGAGAGGUGAAUGUUGAAGAGCCUGUGUCAACAAAGAUUAAGGAUUCUUCUCCUCAGCUAUUUGCCGGCAUUGCUGAUUUUGAUUCCCCAUCCCCCAGUUUUGCCUUUGAACCGCGUGAAAGUAGCAAGACUACUGAAGCUGGCAGCAGUUCUUGUGAGGCAAAUCCGACUAUUUCGGGGUCGUCUGAACAUAAUACCAAUCUUUCCGUUGGUAUGAAACUCGAGCAUAUUGGACAAGAGAGCAGUAAACUAUCUGAUAUAGAAGAUAAUGCUUCCAAGAAGAGAUCCUUAUUAUCUGGUGGUGUUGAUCAUGCUUCUAAUUUCCGAGGAGAAGAAAGGCAAACGAAGGUGAAAAUUGAAGGCAGGCGUCGCCUUUGUAGAAUUUCAAAGAAUAAUGAUAGCGCGUCUGCGGCAGGGAGGAAAUCUAUAAGAGAUGAAGAGCCAAAAUUUGAUGGCAUUUCAGAUUUUGAUUCACCUCCUCAGGUGAAUAAAACAUGUGAGAGUGCUGGGAAUGAAAUCAGGGAUAUACUGAAUGAUUUGAGCGCAAGGCUUGAGAUUCUUUCAAUUGAGAAGAAAAGGGUCCCCAAGAAGGUAGAUCCCAUGGAGGAUUUCCAGGACACAAUAAGAAGUAAAUUACAUGACUUGACCAUAAAAGAGGGGGUCCCAGAAUAUCACAAUGCUGCUUCUUCAUACCUGCUUUCAUCUGAUUGUGUGGAUAACACAAUUGAGUCAAAAGUUGGAAGUAUUGUCACCAGUGAACUCCAAGGGGGAAAAACUUCUAUUUCCAAGGGUAAGGAUGAUACUUGUGUUGGUAAGGCCAACAGAACCUUGUAUAAGUGCGAAGGGCUCAACAAUGAUAAACUUAUGAGGGCACAUGUAAAAUCAGCAUCUACAACAGAAUCUCAAGCUUACAAUUACAGCAGAGAAGUAGAAGGCUUUGAUACCGGUGAUUAUGUGGCUUUCAGUAAAAAAGACAAAGUCAAACAAGUUGAUAGGAGGCAAGAGAAGAUUAUUGAUGUAUCUGAUAACGAAUCUGAUGAGGUCACAGUAUUGGAAGAUCAUGUAGAUGACCUCACUUUGAGUGGUCCGAAGUUGACGUACAAGUUACCUCGUAAAUUAGCAAAAAUGCUGUACCCUCAUCAGCGGGAAGGAUUGAAAUGGCUCUGGUCUCUUCAUUGUAAGGGUAAAGGUGGUAUUUUGGGUGAUGAUAUGGGCCUCGGCAAGACAAUGCAGAUUUGUAGCUUUAUAGCUGGACUGUUCCACUCAAAUUUGGUUAGAAGGGUAUUGGUUGUUGCACCUAAAACACUAUUAGCCCAUUGGAUUAAUGAGCUAUCAACAGUUGGGCUCUCUGAGAAGACGAGAGAGUAUUUUGCAACUUGUACAAAAACUCGACACUAUGAGCUCCAAUAUGUACUUCAGGACAAAGGUGUUCUUCUAACAACGUACGAUAUUGUGCGGAACAAUGCGAAAUCCUUAUGUGGAGAUUAUCAUUACAAUGAUGAUGGAGACGAAGAUGAAACAACAUGGGAUUAUAUGAUUCUUGAUGAAGGCCAUCUUAUAAAAAAUCCAAGCACACAAAGGGCAAAAAGUUUGCUUCAGAUACCUUGUCUUCACCGUAUCAUUAUCAGUGGCACACCACUCCAAAACAAUCUGAAGGAACUGUGGGCGUUAUUUAAUUUCUGCUGUCCAGAGCUAUUAGGCGACAAGAAAGAGUUUAAGGAAAAAUACGAGCACUUCAUCAAUAGAGGAAAUGAGAAAAAUGCCUCUGAUCGAGUUCAGAGAAUGCAUUCAACCAUUUUUUCUGAGACGAUUGAAAAGUGAAGUAUUUCAUGAUGAUACCACACUUUCCAAGAAGAAUGAGAUUAUUGUAUGGCUAAGGUUAACUCGAUGUCAGCGUCAACUUUAUGAAGCUUUCUUAAAGAGUGAGAUUGUCCUCUCAGCUUGUGAUGGUUCCCCUCUUGCUGCACUUACGAUCCUGAAAAAAAUAUGUGAUCAUCCGCUUCUAUUGACAAAACGAGCUGCUGAAGAUGUCCUAGAAGGGAUGGAUUCAAUUGUAGACCAAGAAGAUCAUCGUGUUGCUGAAAGAUUGGCAAUGCACAUAGCAGAUGUUGCAGAGAGAUUUGACAUUGUCGAGAAUCAUGAUAUCUCUUGCAAAAUAUCAUUUAUAUUAUCUUUACUGGGCGAUUUAGUUCCAAAGGGACAUAAUGUGCUUAUAUUUUCACAAACGCGGAAGAUGCUAAAUCUAAUUCAGGAAUCUUUGAUAUCCAAUCACUACAAGUACAUCAGGAUAGAUGGUACUACUAAAGCCAGCGACAGAGCUAAAAUUGUCAAGGAUUUCCAAGAAGGGCAUGCAGCCCCAAUAUUUCUCCUGACCACCCAAGUUGGUGGAUUGGGCCUUACACUCACUAAUGCAGAUCGUGUUAUUGUAGUUGAUCCAGCAUGGAAUCCGAGCACUGACAAUCAGAGUGUAGAUCGGGCAUACCGCAUUGGUCAGAAGAAGGAUGUUAUUGUGUACAGAUUAAUGACGUGUGGCACUGUGGAAGAGAAAAUUUAUAGAAAGCAGGUAUUUAAAGGAGGAUUAUUCAGAAGUGCAACUGAACAUAAAGAACAAAUCCGUUAUUUCAGCCAACAGGAUCUUCGGGAUCUUUUCAGCUUGCCGAAACAAGGAUUUGAUAUUUCUCCCACUCAACAACAGCUGCUUGAAGAACAUGAUCAUCAGCAUACAAUGGAAGAGUCUCUUAGAGCCCAUGUCGAGUUCCUUGAAACUCUUAAUAUAGCCGGAAUUAGCCAGCAUAAUUUGCUCUUCUCCAAGGCAGCACCUUUACAAGCAGUUGAAAUAGAGGAGGAAGCAGGAAGGUUAAGAGGGAGUAGAUUCAUGGGGAAUCCACCAACACGAUCAUCAAUUGAACAAAAUGUUGAUGGAGCGCAUUAUGCUUUUAAUCCCAAGGAUAUAAAGAAAAUCCAGAAGAAUUCAAAUCCUGAUGUUAGGGAACCAUCAGAAGAUGAAAUCAGAGCAAGAAUUAAUCGCUUAUCUCAGAUCUUUGCUGACAAGGCUGCAGUUUCUAGGCUGCCUGACAACGGGGAGAAAAUACACAGGCAAAUAAUUUCAUUGAACCUUCAGCUUGAUCAGUUGCGAAUGGCAAAAAGAAACAAGGAAGAUGUCAUUGAGUUAUAGAUUUCUUUUCAAAAUCUGAAGCAUCAUGUAAAUAUGAUUUCCAUGAAUCUUAAUCAUUCAAGUAUGAUUUACAUGGCACAGGAUUUCAACAUGAGGUUUCUUGUUAGUCUAUGAGGAUUUAACAUUUGGUUUUGUGCCAUGUUCUCUCUCUUUCUUGGUAACAACACAUGUCAGUCUGCAGAAUUCUGAUGGUUCUUUAGGACUGUCAAAGUUCAGCCAAAUGUUUCCAAGUGAAUGCUAAUGAUAAAUUUACCAGGAAUUCUAUAA